CCUACAGCCUCGCUCGAACGCCGCCGUCACUAGCCGACGCCGGUCGCCGGAAAUGGAGAAUCCGAACUGGAAGAAGAAGCGGAAGAGGAAGGGACGCGGCGGCGACCCAGCGGCCGCCUCCUUCGACCGCGACGUAUUCCCCAUCCUCCUCGCCGCCGUCGCGCCAGCCGCUCUCCCCUCUCCCCGCGCCUCCUCCUCCUCCUCCGCCGCCGCCCGCCUCCUGCGCCGCCUCCUCUCCCGCUCGCCCCGGGCGCCGCCGCUCUCCCCUCUCCCCGCAUCCCUCGUCGCCCUCCUACCGCUCCUCCUCUCCUCCAGCUCGCAUUCCGUGGCCGCGCUGAGCUGCGAGGCGAUGGGCGCGGCGGCGCUGCAGUCCAUGGAGGCCGGCGAGCUGCUAGCAUCGGAUGGCGGGGUCGCCGGUGGCCUGGCGCGUGCGCUGGGGAGCGGCAGCCGGCGAGUCGCCGAGGCUGCCUGCAAUGCCGCGAUGGAUCUCUCGGCGUCUCCAGUUGGCAGGGAGAGUCUCUCGGGCUCUCCUGUUCUGCCGAGGCUAUUGUAUCUAUUUUCUCAGGUGGAAUCUAUUUCUGGGGUUGUCGGCAGCAGGAGCACCAAGUGUGAAGCAAGGGUUUCAGAGCCAAAUAAAUGGUUGUACUUGAUCACUGACACAGUGGUGCUUAUGGUGAACUCCUGUAAAGUCGACAAGUUGCGCAAUCUGCAACCAGAGCUAGUGAGAAAAGUUAUGCAUUUGUUGUAUGAAGUAUGGAGCAAAGUUCGACUCUUAGGAUCGUCAGCUGACUGCAGCAACCGGAAGGAUCAACUUCAAAGCAGACCAUAUGAGAUAGCGGAGGCCAUUUUUAGGCUUUCGAUAGACCGUGCUUGUCCUGGUGGCUUGGAACCCGAUGAAGUCAGGAAAAGCCUGUUUGGACAAAAGGAAUCUGACUUAGAAAAGUUUGUCCUGAUGUACUGGGAAAGCUCACCUUAUAUGUACAGGAGGAAACAAAGUGGUCUGGAAGGGGAUCCUGUGUACACUGCAUUGCGUAAUGCCUUUGAUCUUACAACACCUGAUGCUAUCAUUGAGUCAUUUAUACAGGGCCUUGUUUCUUGCCCUGCUAUUGCUUCGGAUGAACUCAACAUAAACUCAUUUCUCCAUGAGGUUCGUGAUUCUUUGGGUGCUCCUGUGAAGUACAGGCAAGAUGUAAGAGUUGUCAGAACACGAGAUCAGACCUCAACAGGGUCUGGGAUGGAGGAGCAUUUCUUCGAUGAUGGUAUUGCCUUCCCGGAUGCAGCUGCAUUUGUUGACAAAUGCAAGGAUGCAGUCAAGAAUGGCUUCUCAAUUGCCUUGCGUGGCAUGGAGUUCCGGUCAGAAAAAGUUGCUGCUAUAGCUUCUGCUCUGGCUGAUCUGUUUGGUCAGCCUUCUGUUGGGGCCAAUGUGUACUUCUCACCUCCUAGAUCUCAAGGCCUGGCCCGGCAUUAUGACGACCACUGUGUGCUUGUUUGGCAGCUACUUGGUUGCAAGAAGUGGAAGAUUUGGCCCAAUACGAGGUCAAUUUUACCUAGACUGUAUGAACCUUUUCACUCUUUAGAUGACUUGGUGGAUGAUAUUGGUGUAAGGGUGGAAGUGUUACAUGAAGGCGACAUAAUGUAUGUUCCUAGAGGCUGUGUCCACGAGGCUCAUACUGACGUUGAUGAUGGUGAAUCCGAGGUCAAUGCAUCCGCCAAUUACUCACUCCAUUUAACCCUUGCCAUUGAAGUCGAGCCACCCUUUGAGUGGGAAGGAUUUGCGCACAUUGCUCUUCACUGUUGGUUGGAGGAGCAGACACUUAGAUGUAGCUCUGGAUCUCUCAACUCCAAGGUGAAUGAGCAAGCUCCAUUAUUUGCUCUCCUGCUGCAUCUGGCCAUCAGGCUGCUCUCCGACAAUGAUCCUAGUCUGAGGAAGGCGUGCAUGGUUGCGGCGAAGCUUCCAUCAUCCAACAACUCCUGUUCAACUUCUCACUCCAACUCCCUCAGAAGCCACCAUAUGUCAACCUUCAUCGAGAUACUCAACAAGAUCGAUAACACCUGCAACCUCAAGGAGGUGCUGAGGUUGGUCGAGCUCGCGGUUAAAGGAAAGACGGAUGAGCCCUUCCAGUGGAUGUCCUGGCUCCGGCAUCUCCAAGUGCAGCAGCACGGUGACACGGUGGCUCACAAGAUCGACUUCUGCGACGUCCUGGGACCUUUCAAAGAGCUUCUCGACAUGUUUGGCUCCGAUCCUGAACAAGCCUCGGCUGAGUUCACUGAUUUCAAGUCAAGGUUCUGUAGGUGUGAUGGGUACGAUGAUGCUUGCAAGAGCUUCGAGAUGCUGCUCCACAUGUAUAGGACAUCUAGGACUCAGUACACAAAGGGCAUGCUGGCACUGCACGGGAGACAUAGGAAUUAGCCUCUGGAGUGGAGAUCGAACCCUCAAUUCCUAGCUCAUGACAGAUAAGUUUCAGUGAUUAGGUAGGUAGACAUAUUUUUUGGUCAGCUUAGCUCGGAUUUAGUACUCAGAUCCCACGAAUUCUGAUGCCACAUUCAAGUGUGUGAGUGGAAAUCACGUUGCAAAGUUACAAAAGAGAAGAAUCUGAAGCAUCUCCGCGGAAAUCACCAGCUGCAGUUUGUUAUGCAGAAACAGCAGCUUGUUUUCAUGAAAGAUAUACAGCUGCUGGUAGCCAAAUU